GAUUAGAGAUGCAAGAGAGAUUAGAACGGGCAGGAGAGUUGAAGUCUUUUUCUUUGUCUCCAUUGGCGGGUCAGUGUAAAGACAGAAGAACUACACAGUCAUCUGGAAAUCAGUACCUGAAUCUUCCUCAGGAUGCAUGAUCCAGGUAUUUUCUCCCCUGUACUCAACAAGGUACCCGCUUUGAGAUCUUACUUGGUCCUCUGAAUCAGAUUUCUACUGCAUGCCUUGGAUAUAUGCUCCUAAGCAGCUUACGAGCUUUCCUUGACCUACGCUUCUUUUCUUAAUGCUGAUCUGACUAUGGCUGUCCUCAAAGUAAAAUUCACCAAAACGAAGAGGGACAAAUUGGCUCAGAUCCUAUGGAUCCUCAACUGGGUUUCUGUUGUGAGCGGGAUCAUUCUCUUCAGUCUUGGCCUCUUUUUGAAAAUAGAGAUCAAGAAGCGCAAUGAAGUGAUGGCAAAAGGGGACAUUAAUUCCCUCCCCAACAUGCUGAUCUCUGUGGGAGUCAUAGCAUGUAUCAUCAACUUCCUGGGUGGCAAAAUCUGCUAUGACUGCUCAGAUGCCAACAAAUUCUCUCGUUGGAAACUAGUUAUGCUCCCAUACAUCGUCUGUACCUUCUGUUUCACUUUCUGCAUUCUGGUGGGUGCUCUCAUGUGCUAUGCCAUGAGGAAUGAGCUGGAAGAGUCUCUCUAUCUGGGACUGAGGGAUGCCAUUAAGUUCUAUAAGGACACUGACAUACCUGGACGAUGUUUUUUAAAGAAAACAGUGGACAUGUUACAAAUUGGAUUCCGAUGUUGUGGAAACAGUGGCUUUAGAGAUUGGUUUGAAAUUCAGUGGGUAUCCACUCGUUACCUGAAUAUGGCUUCCAAAGAAGUUCUGGACCGUCUAAAGAGUAAUGUUGAUGGAAAGUUCUUGGUGGAUGGAGUCCCCUUCAGCUGCUGCAAUCCCAGUUCCCCACGGCCCUGUAUCCAGCACCAGCUUACAAACAACAGCGCUCACUACAAUUACGAUUUUCUGACAGAGGAGCUGAAUAUCUGGGUGAAGGGGUGCAGAGAAGCCCUGCUGGAUUACUACACGGCUAUUAUGCGAUCCAUUGGUAUUGCAGCAUUGCUUAUCUGGUUGUUUGAGCUCUUCGUACUUAUUGGCGUCCGGUACCUACAAACAGCAAUGAAGAACGUCCUUCUGCUAGGAGAUCUGGAGGGUGAAUCCGAUGGUUGGUUACUAGAAAACAGCUUUGUGGAAACUGCCAAAUACAACAUCAACAUCAUUAAGAACCUUGGCAAAGCCAACCAGAUCUCCACCAUCUCAGGCAUGAAUGAUCCCAACAUUGAUGUUUCUAACGCAAACUGUGGCAAAAACAGCUUUAUAGGAAAACCUAUCCCCGCAACUAGCUAG